CAUGCACGUUCGGCUCACUCACAACGGGACCCAGACAGACCCACUGCUGCAAGAGAAACUGAGAGGAGAAAGGUACUCAUCUGAAAAAAGGAGAAGCAAAUUAUUGUUCCUGUUCUCUUUCUUAAGUUACUUUAAUGCACUGUCCCCACUAAACUCUGAACUAAAACUCACAGACUAGGAGAGCGAAAGGACAUGAGAUUCAUAAAAGGGCAUUAGGAGACACACAGUGAGGAGACACAGCCCUCCCAUUUCAGUGAUCACGAGACAAUGCAGAAAGGCAUCUAUGUAGCAAAAAAUCAUACUUCAUUUUUCACUGCUGACAUUAAGAAGCCACCAGUGCUUCCAGAUUACAGACAAGCCAUGCCUUCUAUUUUGAGAUGCAGCAGACAGCCCCCCUUCCAUGAAGAAUACUCACCGCACUUUCCAAACUACCAGUAUGAACAUUCGGAAGACACUCUGCGCAAUUUCCAUGAAGCAUUAGAAAGCGGAUCACGUAAAAGAAAGAAUUUGCCUUCCAAGAUGUCUCAUGACGUUGAACUUGCAGAUCCUAAAGACCUAAUGCAGACAGGUGAAGACAAGCAUUUUUUUCCACCUCGUCUACCACUGGUUUAUCACUUACCUUCCUUGCCAAGUUACAAUGCCAAGAUGCUUGAUUUGGCUAACAUCGGCAUUCCAUAUUACAGGUCAAUGGACAAUUUUUGGGUUAGUCCCGUAAAACAAGAACCUAUAAGAACAAAUGUAAUGUGGCCCACUGGCUCUAUAUAUUUACACCCUACUUACCCAUUCUUUCAUAAAAGCUACCCAGACAUGAUUUUACCUUUCCAUGUACCCUCACAAAGCUUGCACAUGCAUCAUGCCUCUGACUCAGUCCAACCAGAAGAUGACACUAUCAGUAAAACUCCAAUCCAUGAGAGUGAGGACAAUAAACAGAAAGUUGAGAGGGUUGAUGUCAAUAUUCAGAUUGACGAGAGGUUCUACGUGGAGGUGGGCGACCAGAAACGUUGGAAAUGCCCGAUGUGUGAAAAGUCCUACACGUCCAAAUAUAACUUGGUGACGCAUAUUUUAGGACACAGCGGCAUCAAGCCACACGCUUGUGCGAGAUGCGGCAAGUUGUUUAAACAGCAGAGUCAUUUGCACACCCAUAUGCUCACUCACCAGGGCACCAGGCCACACAAGUGCCAAGUUUGCAACAAAGCCUUUACCCAAACCAGUCAUUUAAAGCGACAUAUGAUGCAGCACAGCGAUGUGAAGCCAUACAACUGUAGGAUAUGUGGCAGGGGUUUUGCCUAUCCAAGUGAGCUGAAAGUCCAUGAGGCAAAGCAUGAGAGCGGGCACGAGAACAUCUGUGUGGAGUGUGGACUUGACUUCCCAACUCUGGCACAGCUUAAAAGACAUAUGACAGCCCACAGGGGCCCUGUACAAUACAAUUGCAGUGAAUGCGAUAAGACAUUUCAGUACCCAAGCCAACUGCAAAAUCACAUGAUGAAGCACAAGGAUAUACGGCCCUAUAUCUGCUCCGAGUGUGGCAUGGAAUUUGUACAGCCACAUCAUCUUAAACAACAUUCCCUGACACAUAAGGGUGUGAGGGAACACAAGUGUCGGAUUUGUGGUAGAGAAUUCACUCUUUUGGCCAACAUGAAGAGGCACAUCCUGAUUCACACAAACAUCCGAGCCUACCAGUGCCAUCUGUGCUUUAAAAGCUUCGUCCAGAAACAGACUCUCAAGGCACACAUGAUCGUCCAUUCUGACAUUAAACCUUUCAAGUGCAAGCUGUGUGGGAAGGCAUUUAAUCGAAUGCAUAAUUUAAUGGGCCACAUGCACCUCCAUUCAGACAGCAAACCCUUCAAGUGUCUGUACUGCCCCAGCAAAUUUACACUGAAGGGAAACCUUACCCGGCAUAUGAAGGUUAAACAUGGUGUCACGGAAAGAAGAUACCACACUCGAGGUUUGGGCAGGGCAAGGACAGACCUCUCCCACUCUAUUGUGCUUUGCAGUGCAGAGCAGAAAGAACCUUUUGACCUAUCCAGAAAGAGAAGAACUAACAAAACAUCUUGUCAUUCAGAUGGGGAGAGUGUGAAGGGUAGUUCUUCCCAAGAAGAGGAAGACGACAGGUGCAGCACUCUGGGAACAUAUGAACAAGACUUUACUUAUGAGUCAGAACUUGGUUCAGAGGAGCAUCCAAGUGUUUUAAAGAAGACAUGUAUCAAGGAGAAGCAAGAUAUUCUACACAGAGAUAGAGAUAGAGAAGGAAUAAGUCACCAGCACAAAGAGGAACGAGAAGAGACAAACCUAAGCCAUCGAGGGGGAAGUUUUGAACCAUCUGUUCCUUAUUACUUAUAUUUCAAGAACAGAAACACAAACUUAAAUGAGAUGCAUGAGGACUGAAAUCAUUACCAGACCACAGACAACAUCCCUAAAUAUGUAAAACGAGAUUGACAGCAUAAUAUCACACCCCAGUUAAUUAAGGCUAAUAUUAUGUCACAGAAAUGCAAUGCUAUUAUGUAAUUUGGCAUAUACUGUGCAACAUAUAUUUGUAGUUGGUUAUAGAUUUCAAUCUAUCUGCUUCAAUUAAUUGCAACAAUAAAAUCAUAGCACUUCAUGUUAAGUCAAUUUGCAUAAACCCAUA